AUAUCCUGCAGUAUUACCUGAGGUGCAGCAGUGGCCAAUCAAAUCCUUUCCAGCAUAAGCUGUCUGGCAGUCACAAAGCCCUGGUUGAGAUGCAAGAUGACGUGGCAGAACUCCUACAGUCAGCUAUACGGGAUUACCCCAACACCAAGGGGACUCUGGAACAGAUUCAGACUGUAUUGAACUCUACGGAGGUUGGCCUUCAUCAACUCACCGCUCUGGUUGACUGUCGCAGCCUGCACAUGGACUAUGUCCAGGCUCUAACAGGGUUGUGUUAUGAUGGAGUGGAGGGGCUGAUCUACCUGGUGCUGUUCUCCUUCGUCACAGCUCUCAUGUUCUCUUCCAUCGUCUGCAGUGUGCCACACACCUGGCAGAGCAAGAGGACGGAUGAUGAGGAUGGAGAAGACGAGUCUGCUGCCCAGGGCAAUCGGGGGGCGGGUCCUCAUGAUAACCUGUACCGCGUGCACAUGCCCAGCCUCUACAGCUGUGGUAGCAGCUACGGCAGCGAAGCUAGCAUCCCUGCUACGGCCCACACUGUCAGCAAUGCCCCUGUCACUGAGUACAUGACCCAGAACGCAAACUUUCACCCCAGGUGUGAGAACACGCCUCUGAUUGGCAGGGAAUCCCCUCCACCCUCUUACACCUCGAGUAUGAGGGCCAAGUAUCUGGCCACCAGUGGACCGGACCAGAACCGACGGUCAGUCCCCAAUGACCAGUUGGACCCAGCCAGCCGACCACAUCCCCUCGUCAGACCACAGUCAUCUGUCCACUAGAACCUUCCAGAACCUACCAAAACCUCCUAGAACCUAUUAUAACCUACCAGAAUCUUCUAGACAGAACUCAUCAACCGCAAAAGAACGGGAACAAACCAGAACCAAUUUUUCAUUCCACUAAAGAACCACAACCCACGAGAACCACCAACUCCUUAGAACCUGUUGACACAGUAGUCCACGUAUAGAACCAGAACCACUAAGGAUCACAACCACUUCCUCAGCCCAUAGGAACCACUAAAAUAAUACUUCUCAGAUUCACCUGAACAGACCACAGUGGGUUGAAAGCCAGAGCCAACCAACGGACCACCCAGCCCACCAGAACAGAACCUCAACCAAUCAGCCAACCACCACCAACCUACCUACAGACUCCAGAAGAUCACCAUGAACCUUGUAGAUCUCCCCCCUUCCCCCACCACCACCUCAGCUCCCACAGUCCCACUCAGCUUUACACCAUCUCAAGCUGGAUCCUCCACCUCUUUACCAAGUAUACUGCCCUCUGGUGGUCACUGCCGGUAUGAGCGUGUUUAUUAAGUAUACUGCCAUCUGGUGGUCACUGCCGGUAUGAGCCUGUUUAUUAAGUAUACUGCCCUCUGGUGGUCACUGCCGGUAUGAGCCUGUUUAUUAAGUGUACUGCCCUCUGGUGGUGACUGCCGGUAUGAGCCUGUUUAUUAAGUAUACUGCCCUCUGGUGGUGACUGCAGGUAUGAGCCUGUUUAUUAAGUAUACUGCCCUCUGGUGGUGACUGCAGGUGUGAGCCACACACACAAACAUCCUGUAUUGAACUGUAAAUAGUGAAAUAGUAUGAGUUACAUUCUGGAGGAAGACUCAACUGAAACAUGGCGGUAUUUAGAGUGUGUGUUUCCAAGGACUGAGGCUGUAUCUCAUUCUAGGCCACACACACACACACAGAGGCCUGUACAUGUGUGUACCUCUCUCUACUCUACCUGCCUCUGUAAACAACCCUCCUGCCAUCUAAUCUACCAAGCCACUAGGACACAGAAUCUGACUGCAAAACGGCCCCUGCACUCUGCAAAACGGCCCCUGCACUCUGCAAAACGGCCCCCUGCACUCUGCAAAACGGCCCCUGCACUCUGCAAAACGGCCCCUGCACUCUGCAAAACGGCCCAACAUUCCUGUAACAUCUGGAGUUUCAAACUUCACUGCAAAAGGGCUGUUGUGCAGACGGACCAUGUGGCCUGAAGCUGCAUCAGAAAGCCAUGUUGUGGAGUAACCACUCUCUGUAGAUAGAUUUAGCCACCACUGUACAGCAGUGACAUGUUAGCAUUUAGCCUGUGUUAAGAGCCACGUUAACUAACUACAUGUAUGACUACAACUUGAAUCGUGAGCUCUCUCUUGAGUGUGUUCAUGUGUUCUGUGUGUGUUUGCGUGCGUCUAACGCACAUGUAAAUAUGAGUCCAGGACCGAACGGAACAUGGUGGAAUUCCAAACGUUCUGAAAUCAGAUUCCAGAUUCCCAGAGAAAGAGUUUGCGUUCCCAAACUAACUCUGGGACUCAAUGAAAAGAGGAAAGGACAUGGGAGAGCUCAUCUGUGGGUUAACAACUCUGUAUAAUGAGGGAUGUGACCUCUCCUAAACUGAAGGACAUGGGAGAGCUCACCUGUGGGUUAACAACUCUGUAUAAUGAGGGAUGUGACCUCUCCUAAACUGAAGGACAUGGGAGAGCUCAUCUGUGGGUUCAUAACUCUGUAUAAUGAGGGAUGUGACCUCUCCUAAACUGAAAGACAUGGGAGAGCUCAUCUGUGGGUUCAUAACUCUGUAUAAUGAGGGAUGUGACCUCUCCUAAACUGAAAGACAUGGGAGAGCUCAUCUGUGGGUUCAUAACUCUGUAUAAUGAGGGAUGUGACCUCUCCUAAACUGAAGGACAUGGGAGAGCUCACCUGUGGGUUCAUAACUCUGUAUAAUGAGGGAUGUGACCUCUCCUAAACUGAAGGACAUGGGAGAGCUCAUCUGUGGGUUCAUAACUCUGUAUAAUGAGGGAUGUGAACUCUCCUAAACUGAAGGACAUGGGAGAGCUCACCUGUGCCAAAAUAGCUGAAUAAUGAGGGAUGCUGAACUCUCUUUAUCCCAUCAUUCCUUUUUUUAGUUCCUUAAUUCUCAGAAAGGGAAAAUAAAUCCUGGAUAAUGUUGGAUCAUACGGUGAAAGACUUAAAAUAAAAUGUGUUUUUAAUUUAGUUUAAAAAAAUGUAACUUGAUAAUGAAGAAUUGGGGUGCUGUGACCAACUUUCUCUUUAAAUAAAUAAAUGUUUACUUCAAUUUUUA